UGCCUCGUUCGUCGCUCAUCCCCCUGAUCCCGCCUUCUCUCUCUCCUCACCUCUUUUACUUCUCUCCGUUCUCCCACCUCCCCCUCGAUUUCCGCAUCUCUUGUCAUCUUUGUGAUGCAUUGUCCCUGAAGCCAGCGGAUACCUGUUAGCUUCUACUCUGCUUCUAACUUGAAUUGCUCUGUUCGAGGCAAUUCUUGCCAUUAUUAUUCUACUUCAUAUUUCCGUGGAGGUCUUCUUCGUCAAUUCGCUGACCCCUGGUAUGGUGUGCUCCCCAGCGCCCCGAUUGCUGUCACUUAUACUGAACGACCCUUGUAGGUGAUUUGUAUUAUUUAUUAGUUUUAAAUAUUUGAAUCCUUUUACCCGGGUAUUCCCCUAUACACCGUCUUUUUGCGCAUACCGAUCUAGGCAAUAUCAGCAAUCCGAUUCCACCUACCUCCGCCCACAAUGGCUUCCGAAGUUCCAAGUACCUCUGUCAAUGGUGGAUCCUCGCUGGCCGCUAUGCUGGAGCAACAGCAUGCCCGAGAUGAAGCCCACAAAGCUACCGUGGAAGAUGCCGUGGAUGAGGAAGAUAUUAAGCACCCCCCGCCUUCUACUUUAGUGAACGAUCGAAAGCCAGAAACCACCGCGAAGACUCCUUCGGCAGAAACUGCCGCCCCUGCUCCGGCGCAGCCGCCGAAGGCGAAAGCCCCCGCGUUCGAUGUGCAAUCCGAGGAGUUGUUCCCUGCCUUGGGAAGUGGCCCGAAACCAAAGACAGCGGCACCUGCCCCUGCUACCUGGGGUGCGGGUAAGCCGUCAGCUGCGGCCGCUGUUGCUAAUGGCCAUCUAAAUGGCCCUAAAUCAGGGUUCGGGUCUUCUGAUACCCCAAGAAUCAUGACUCUCCCUGGGAAGCAUAUUGAGCAGCUCCGACUCGCACCAUCCCAGAUGCUCCCGCGGGGUCAACUUAAGAAACCGUUGCGGGAUAUUCUAAGGGACAUCUCCAGACGUUCAAAAGCCAAUGUGGACAUGCGUGGCGGGCCUGGUGGUUCAAUCAUUUUUGAAGGGAAAGGUUCUGUGGAUGCAGUCAGACAGGCUCUCAAGGAUGUAGCGCAACAAGUCGGUUCCAAGCAAUCUGUUCGUAUCCCGAUUCCAGCCUCUGCUAGACCUCAUAUUAUCGGUAGACAAGGUGCAGUUGUUCAAGACAUUCAACAGCGCACCGGCGCUCGUGUACAAGUUCCCCGUGCCGAAGGGGUUGCUGCUGGGGAGGACGAUGACGACAGUGACUCUAUCGACGUCUUGAUCGAAGGUGACGCUGUUGCGGCUGAAAUGGCUCGUCGGGAAAUUGAGGCCAUUGUCAAGGAGCGCGCCUCUAACAUUAACUUGCGAUUAAAGUCAAUUCCCCCUGAAUUCUUCCCAUUUAUCGCUGGUGCUCACAACGCAAACCUGAGGGAAGUUGAGGACCGCACCAAGGCUCAAAUCCAUGUUCCUCGCUACGAUACUUGGCAAAUGCAACCACCUCCCCAGGAGGCUAGCCCCGGUCAAGUUCAAUUUAUUCCUGUCCCGGAUAAGCACAUUCACAUUUCUGGGGAGCGGUCAGCCGCACAGGAAGCACGCGCUGAGAUUGAGAGAUUGGCCAAUGAGUUGCAGCGACAGUUGACGCUCCGAGAGCUAGCAAUAAAUCGCGGCCAGCACCAGUUUAUUCUUGGGGAUGAUGAGGAUGCUUUGCAUGAAUUCCUUGCAGAUACUGGAUGUUCCAUCAUCUUACCUCCUCCUUCUACUGACAGCGAAUUCCUCACAAUUACUGGGCCACCAGACAGGAUUGAAGCUGGUAUCAACCGCGCCAUGGACCUUGCCACCAGCAUGCAGAUGGCAAGCAUUGAUCUGUCUCGUCAGCACCCGAAUGCUCCAGCUGGGCCUCAUGUACACGCGCAGGCUCUUACACGUUAUCUGCAGCAACGGCAGAUUAUCAAGGAGCUGGAAUCUAUGUAUGAUGCUCGAGUUGCACUACCAACGACUACGGACGGACCGAUUACCUGGGAGGUCUACUCUAGAGAUGGAAAGAACACCAUUCGGGCACGUUCGGAUAUUAUGAAUCUCGUUCAAGCCCAUCCGCCUUCGAGGCUACGCCAUGCGAAUGUCGAUCCCUAUUUCCACCCGUUCCUGCGGUCCCGUACCGUUUCUAAGCUGCAGGAUGACUUCGGAGUGUAUCUUCUCGUGCCUGAAGAAAUUGACAACCCAGAUGUCGUCCUUAUUUACGAAGGCCCGUCAACGCCAGGCUCUCCCUUCGAAGUUGCUAGGCAGCGUCCCUCUGCCACUGAUAUUGCUUCAUUUGAGAAGGCGCUCCAAGAAGCUCACGAUUACCUCAUGAGUUCCCUAGGUGACCAAUCGGACAUCGUGGCCAAGUCUGUCAGCGUUCCUGCCAAGUACCGGGAGAAGGUACGGAAAUUUGUUGCCCGUGAACAAGAGGCAAAGGGUGAGGAUCACGUUCCUGCCCGGUCUAUUGUUGGUGAUGUGCGCGAGAACCACUGUGAAGUUUCGCUACGUGGCCCCUCACGCUUAGUGGAAGAGCUUGAGUCGAAUAUUGCGGCUUUCGUCGUGCAACAGGAGAAGGAUGACUUGGAAAGAGGGUACACAACCACAUUUGACUUUCCGCAGAAGUUUGCCCACUUCCUAAUCGGGAAAAGAGGAGAGAACAUCAACAAACUUCGGGAAGAGUUUGAUGUUGAUAUCAAAGUGGAUAAUGGCAAGGUUGAGGUCAAGGGACCUAAGGCCAAAGCCGAUGCCGCCAAGGCUAGGAUCAUUAACUUGGGCAAAAAGCUGGAGGACGAGACCACUUACAUUCUAAAGAUUCCCGCCCAGUACCACCGAGAGCUGAUCGGACAGAGGGGCAGCCAAGUAAACAGGCUUCAAGAUCGCUACAGCGUCCGUGUGCAAUUUCCAAGGGCUACAGUUUCUGUUCCUAUUGGGGAUGACCAGUCCGUGGCGGACACGGCUAGUGACAUUGGUAGCACCCGAGUCAAUCGGCCGCAGCAGGCCUCGGAUGAGGUUAUCGUCAAGGGACCAAGCAAGGGCGCCGAUGCGGCCCGCGACGAAAUACUGAGCUUGUUGCAAUGGGUGGUCGAUCACUCGUACAGUGCGACCGUAUCUGUGGCGCAGAGCCAGAUUCCAUCGCUGAUCGGCCAGCGCGGUCGGGAAAUGGACAAACUUCGUGCUGAUACAGGCGCUCAGAUUGAUGUUCCUGGUGCGAAUGAUGCGGCAGAUGCCUCUGGUAGAGUGGAGAUCAAGAUUAAGGGUACGAAGAAACAAGUUGAAGAGGCAAAGAAAAUUUUGCAGCAACGUUCGAAGGAGUUCGAUGCUACCGUCACCAAGACUAUUGAGGUGGACAAGAAAUACCACAAGGCCUUGAUAGGUGCGGGUGGUGCCAACAUCCGCAAAAUUAUUGCUGAAGCCGGCGGCCCUGUGGAUAGCAGUGCUGCUCGCGUGGUGAAGUUUCCCCGUCCGGAGAGCAAUGAGGCUACUAUCAAACUUGAAGGAAACGGCCAGGUUGUCGACAAGAUCAUCUCUGCUAUCCAAGACUUUGUCACGGAGAGAGAAAAUCAGGUCACUGUCACUCUGGAAGUUCCCCCGGCCCAACAUCGCCUGCUGAUUGGCCGUAAUGGCGAGACCAGACGUGGGCUAGAGUCAAAAUUUAACAUUACCCUAGAUGUUCCUAAGCAAGGGUCUGGUCGCUCGGACGUUAAGAUCAAGGGACCCAAAGACGCUGUUGAGGAGGCUAACAGCCACAUCCUGUUGUUCCUUAAGGAGCAGCAAGGUGAAACGGUCCAGGUUCCCCGGCACCUGCACCAUGCCGUUUCUGAAAACGGCGCCUUUUUCCGUCGCCUGCGCAAUGACUAUCACGUAACAGUUGACCACGCCGGCCAGCAAGUGCCACCGAAGCCUACGCCGGUAGACACUCGCAAUGCCGUCAAUGGCACCGGAUCUUUGCCUCUGAUAACAGACGAGCCUAGUAACACUGCGGAAACCCAUUCGUGGAAGGUCAUCGACGUCAUCCCUGAAGCCGUUAACUCAUCACAGCCUUCCACUAUUCCAUGGGUCCUCCUUGGGUCUUCGGAGAACGUUGGUAAGGCCAAGGCAGCGCUGGAGAAGGCAGUUUCCACUGCAUCCCAGCAGUCUUCAACAGGCUACCUCAUCCUACCAGACCCGAAGACGUACCGCUUUGUAGUUGGACAGGGCGGCAGCCAAAUUAGUUCAAUCCGGAAGAAGACCGGUUGCAGAAUCAACGUCCCCAAGGAUCAAGCUAGGGGCGAAGCGAUCGAAAUUAAGGGAAGCAAGAAAAGCGUGGAAGACGCCAAGGAGCUCAUCCUUGAAGCUGUCCGUGCUGGAUUAAGCAAUAGCUCAAGAUGA